GCAUCGACAUCCUCCCACGAACGGUCGGAGCGGUAAAAGCCGGUUUUCUUUUUCAUUCGUCUGUCUCUCUUCAGGGCAGGCAACCCCCGGCCUGCGGCGUCCGAUGCUCAUUCGCUUCCCAGCAGCAGCCAGAGCCCAGGCCUGCUGGAGACCCUCGCUCACCAUCGCCCGAGCCCUUCACGAGUGUAGCGGCGGCAUCGUCCCUGUGGUAGUGCCCCCACGGGCGGCGUGCACUCGCACACGGCUCCGUCAGCAGCCGGCUGUCCAAGCCAUCAUCCCUACCCGCACGAUGAGCAGCAACGGUUUCAGCUCAGCAGCAGCCGCGGCUAGCCCCGCACCGGCGGCGAGCACGCCACCGGUCCCCGGCAGCUCACCAUCGCAGCCAGCCUCUGCCGGCCCGUCCGGCCCAGGGGGUGCAGCACCCGCGCCUCCACAAGCCCGCGCCGAAACCCAACCCACGGUUGAGGACGACACCGCCAGCACCUCGCCCAACGGCAACGCCAAGGAGAACGGUCAGCAGCAGGAGGAGGAGGAGGAGCAGGGCACCACCACCGACGCGCCCAAGCCCCUACCCGCCCUUCCCUCCCCGGAAUCCGUCUCAGGGGAGGGAGGCGACGGGGUCCGCACAGUACACGUCAACGGGCAGCCCAUCGCGCUCGACGCGCUGGGGCCUAUGGUGGUCAACCGGGAUGGAACCAUCUCGCGCAUCGCCAACUGGCCUGAGAUGACCGAGAUCGAGCGGGAGAACACGCUCCGGAUCCUGUGCAAGCGCAACCAGCUGAGGUUGGGCAACUUGAGGGCCGGACGGCCUGCUGACGCUCCGCAGGAAGGGUCAUCCUAGAGCUGGCUUUCUAGUUAGUAGUGCGAUUACAAUGAACGGUGAUGACGGAUGGCCUUUUUUUUUUUUUCCCUCCCUCUUUGUCAUGAAUUUUUUUUGGACAUGGGUUGAACAACUGGAAAGUGGAACGGAACAAUGAGAAGCGGCAAAUAUGUAGGUAGUCAGCUAAGAAAGGAAGAAGAGGUGUUGUUUAGAGUAGGGAGUAGAGAGCAAUCCCACAGAAUCCAUGCCGUUGACAGCUACGCCUAGAUUUGGAGUGUUG